UGCAGCAUCAAUAAAUAAAUUAUGUUUCUCUGACGUCUUAAUUAAGAGCGCAUCGUUACUUGUUACAGACGGCAAUUAUCGAUGAAAACACAAGAACGAAUAGCAGAAAACGCAGAGAAGUCGAAGCAGAAGAAGUUUGGACCUCGAGCUGCUGCACGCGCCUCGAUUCUCUGCUGGCCGGCAGCUGAGCGGCAGAUUCGAGAACCAUCGCGCUCCGGCCCCCUGCUGCUUCCAGAUCUUCAGCCCAACAUCGCUGCAGCCCAGCCCGUGACAUCCGCCAUGGAGGCCUCGCACGCGUCCAGCACGAGCCGCUCGAUGCUCAUCUCCGACGCGCUGCGCAAGUACAAGAUCAUCGUCGGCUACCUCGUCUUCGUCGCCAUGCUCGUCGGCGUCUUCAUCGCCAAGGACCGGUUGCUGCAGUGCAGCCUCGCCGUGGGCGGCAUCGUGGUGCUCUGGACGCUCGAGCCCAUCCCCUAUCACGUGGCCUCGUUCGUGCCCCUGGUGGUGUUCCCGCUCUCCAACCUCAUCCCGGCCAAGGAGGUCGCCAUGAGAUACAUGAACGACGACAUCAUCCGGGCGCUGUCGGGCCUGUUCAUCUCCAUCCUGCUGCAGACGUCCAAGCUGAACCGGCGCAUGGCGCUGUAUCUGUUGCUCGCUGUAGGCACCAGCGUGCGAUGGCUCCUGCUGGUGUACAUGUGGCUCGUGUUCCUGUUCGCCAUGUUCGUGACCGACGCCGCGGUGACGGCCAUCAUGAUCUCGCUCGUGGACACCCUGGUGGCCGAGGUGUACGCCAGCAAGGUGCGCGUGCGCGUCGUCAAGCUCAACAAGGCCAACGAGGAGGCCAGGCUCAAGCAGCAGCAGGCCGCGGCCGCGGCCGGAGCCGAACAGGAGGCCCGCGCGGCGCUCGAGGGGCAGGACAUCGCGCCCUACGCCGACUACGAUCACGUGCUGCACGAAGAGCAGACGCACUGCGCCAUCCUCCGCAAGGCGUUCAUGCUGGCCCUGAGCUACGCGGCGGUCAGCGGGACGGCCGUUCUGCUGGCGAACCGACCCUGCUUCAUCCUCGAGGCGCUCCUGCUGGACCAGUACAACUACGGGAUCAGCCAGACCAAGUGGGUGGCCGUGAAUGCUGUCUUCGGACUGGUCACUCUGGUCUUCGGCUGGCUGUUCGUGUUCUACACUUUCCUGCGGAAGUACGAUGAAGACGGGGCCGAGGACUCCACCGCAGCCAAGGAAGUUUGCCGCAGCAAGCUUGAACAACUCGGAGAGAUGACGCUGAACGAGAUGACUGUGACUGGUCUCUUCUUCCUCUGCCUGGCACUGUGGGUGACCAGACAGCCACACAUCAUCUACGGCUGGCAGGACCACCUCGGUCUCCGGGGAAACGGGUUUAGUGAGGAAAUAGUGCAAGCCCUAACUAGUUCCAAAGCAAGGGAGCUCGAGGUCAAGGGAGUGUACGAAUGUCCAGUUGUGGAGGAGACAGGCCUGGCCGGCGUUUGCGUCCUCGAUCGCGAGGUGGAACUGGAACGGUUGCCGCUGGUCAUGGAUGCUGACCUAGACCUAGACUUGUCCCUUUGUUUGGUGUUGGGUGCGCGCUGA